AAAAUACAAAGCCACCAGUGAGAGAAAAAGUCCAACUCCCAGUGCAACCUGCAGGUGGAGACGCUGAACUUCAGGCCCAUAAAGACGUGAACAGCUCAGGAUGUCUCUCUGCAUCACAGCUUUGGUUCACUCUGCAGAGCUCCAGCUCACUGAUCACACCUGAGAGAGUUUGAUCCUAAUUAGUGGAGAAAACAUGUUGAUCAGCUGACAGCGUUCUUCUUUCAGUGCUGGAACAACAACUGCAGCAGCAACGUGUCUCUGAUCAGUCUGUCCACAGCUCUGUUAGUAAAUGUGUCUUCAGCUGAGCAGCAUCAGAACAUGAGUUGAAAGAAGGAAACCCCACAGCCAGGUGGAGUUACAUGUAGUCAUGUGAUCUCCAGGAAACAGAGGAGCAGCUCUGAGUGACUUUAGAGCAGAAGAAUGAGGAAAUGAACAGUUCAGAUCCAUUUUACAGCCGACAGAGGAGGACUACAGGACCGACUGAAGUCCACAAGAUGAGUGAUUCUGAGGAGGAGGAGGAGUUUCCAUCCUCCAGCCGUCUGUCCAUGAAGAGUGACCGGUCCAAAGGAAAACCUCCAGACUUCAGUAAAGAACCUGAACCCUCAGACACAAAAGUUCAGAUCCACAGACAGAGAUCAGAGUUUCCAGCCUCCAGCCGUCUGUCCAUGAAGAGGGACUGGUCCAAAGGACGUCCUCCAGACUUCAGGAAAGAACCUGAACCCUCAGACACAAACAGACAGAGAUCAGAGUUUCUAUCCUCCAGCCGUCUGUCCAUGAAGAGUGACUGGUCCAAAGGUUUUAAUCCAGACUUCAGUAAAGAACCUGAACCCUCAGACACAAAAGUGAUGAAGAGGAGGAGAGUUUGUGUGGAGGAGCAGCCGUCCUGCUGUGCUCGGUGUCAGGACGUCCUGAAGGAUCCAGUCUCUAGCAGCUGUGGACACUGGUUCUGCAGACAGUGCAUCAGCUCAGACUGGGACCAGUCUGCUCCAUCAGGACACUCCUCCUGUCCCCAGUGUGGAGAAAGAUCCAGAAGCAGCAGCUGUGGACAAAGUGUUGGUCUGCAGGAGGUUCUGCAGGAACAUAAGAUGAGUCUGAGGAGGAGAUUUGAACAUGUGACUGAAGGAAGUGAUGAAGCAGGAGGUGGAACCCUCCUCAACAGGAUCUACACUGAGCUCUACAUCACAGAGGGACACAGUGGAGAGGCUGAUGUCCAACAUGAGGUGGGGCAGCUGGAGACAGCUUCCAAGAAGAGCCUCCAUGACACUCCCAUCAGGUGCCAGGACAUCUUUAAAGCCUUACCUGAGCAGCAGAGAGCCAUCAGAGUGGUCCUGACCAACGGCGUGGCCGGCGUGGGAAAAACCUUCUCAGUGCUGAAGUUCACUCUGGACUGGGCAGAGGGCGGAGAAAACCAAGACGUCAGUGUGGUGGUGGUGCUUCCGUUCAGGGAGCUGAACUUGAUCAGAGAUGAGCAGCACAGUCUUCUCACGCUGCUCCAUGUUUUCCAUCCAACAUUACAGAAGGUGACGGCAGAGCAGCUGGCUGUCUGUAAACUUUUGUUCAUCUUUGACGGUCUGGAUGAAAGCAGACUUUCACUGGAUUUCAACAACAGGAAGGUUGUGUCUGACGUCAGCCAGAAGUCAUCGCUGGACGUUCUGCUGGUCAACCUCAUGGAGGGGAAUCUGCUUCCCUCGGCUCUUGUCUGGAUCACUUCCCGCCCUGCAGCAGCCAAUCAGAUCCCUCCUAAAUAUGUGGACAGGUUUACAGAAGUACGAGGCUUCACCGACGUCCAGAAGGAGGAGUACUUCAGGAGGAGGAUCAGUGAUGAAGAGCGCUCCAGCACAAUCAUCUCCCACAUGAAGACAUCCAGGAACCUCCACAUCAUGUGUCGACUCCCAGUGUUCUGCUGGAUCACUGCUGCAGUUCUGGAGCACAUGUUGACCACAGAGCAGAGAGGAGAGCUGCCCCAGAGCAUGACUGACAUGUUCUCACACUUCCUGCUGGUUCAGACACAGAGGAAGAAGAAGAAGUACCAUGAGGGACCUGAGACGAGUCCACAAGAGCAGACGGAGGCUGACAGGGAAGUUCUUCUGAAGCUGGGGAGGCUGGCCUUUGAACAUCUGCAGAAAGGAAACAUCAUGUUCUACCAAGAAGACCUGGAGCAGUGUGGUCUGGAUGUGACAGAGGCCUCGGUGUUGUCAGGAGUUUGUACCCAGAUCUUCAGGAGAGAGUGUGAGAUGUUCCAGAAACCAGUCUACUGCUUUGUUCAUCUGAGCAUUCAGGAGUUUCUGGCUGCAGUCUACGUGUUCCACUGUCACACCAACAAGAAGACUGAGGUUCUGGAGAAGUUCCUGGGAGAAGAACGGAAAGAUCUUUAUGUUGAAGAUGAAGAUGAUGACGACGAUGAUGACGAUGAUGAUGAUAAGGUGAAAGAGGAGGAUAACACAGACAUCUCAUCCCUGGAUGAUUUCCUGAACAGAGUCAUGCAGAAAUCCCUCAGAAGUAGAAAUGGUCACCUGGACCUGUUUGUUCGCUUCCUUCAUGGCCUCUGUCUGGAGUCCAACCAGAGACUCUUAGGAGGUCUGCUGGGUCGGACAGAGAACCGUCCAGAAAUGAUCCAGAGAAUCAUCAACAACCUGAAGGAGAUGAACAGUGAUGGAAUGUCUCCAGACAGAAGCAUCAACAUCUUUCACUGUCUGAUGGAGAUGAAGGAUCUUUCAGUUCAUCAGGAGAUCCAAGAGUUCCUGCAGUCAGAGAACAGAUCAGAGAAGGAACUCUCUGAGAUCCAGUGCUCAGCUCUGGCCUACAUGCUGCAGAUGUCAGAGGAGGUUCUGGAUGAGUUGGACCUGGACAAGUACAGAACAUCAUAUGAGGGAAGAUGGAGACUGAUUCCAGCUGUGAGGAACUGCAGAAAGGCUCGACUUACUGACUGCUAUCUCUCAGAGAGUCACUGUGAAGUCGUGGCCUCAGCUCUGAAGUCCAACCCCUCCCAUCUGAUAGAACUGGACCUGAGCUGGAACAACCUGCAGGAUUCAUCAGUGAAGCAUCUUUGUGAUGGACUGCAGAGUCCAAACUGUAAACUGGAGACUCUCAGAUUGGUGGGCUGCAGUUUGUCAGAGAUCAGCUGUGAUUCUCUGGUCUCAGCUCUGAAGUCCAACCCCUCACAUCUGGAACAUCUGGAACAUCUGGACCUGAGUGGAAACUACCUGAAGGAUUCAGGAGUGAAACAUCUGAGUGGUUUUGUGGAGAGUCCAGACUGCAUCCUGAAGACUCUGAGAUUGGAGUGGUGCAGUUUGUCAGAGAUCAGCUGUGAUUCUCUGGUCUCAGCUCUGAAGUCCAACCCCUCACAUCUGGAACAUCUGGACCUGAGCCUCAACGACCUGAAGGAUUCAGGAGUGAAACAUCUGAGUGGUUUUGUGGAGAGUCCAGACUGCAUCCUGAAGACUCUGAGAUUGGAGGAAUGCAGUGUGUCAGAGAUCAGCUGUGAUUCUCUGGUCUCAGCUCUGAAGUCCAACCCCUCACAUCUGGAACAUCUGGACCUGAGCAGGAACAACCUGAAGGAUUCAGGAAUGAAACAUCUGAGUGGUUUUGUGGAGAGUCCAGACUGCAUCCUGAAGACUCUGAGAUUGGAGAACUGCAGUUUGUCAGAGAUCAGCUGUGAUUCUCUGGUCUCAGCUCUGAAGUCCAACCCCUCACAUCUGGAACAUCUGGACCUGAGCAGGAACGACCUGAAGGAUUCAUCAGUGAAACAUCUGAGUGGUUUUGUGGAGAGUCCAGACUGCAUCCUGAAGACUCUGAGAUUGGAGCGCUGCAUGUUGUCAGAGAUCAGCUGUGAUUCUCUGGUCUCAGCUCUGAAGUCCAACCCCUCACAUCUGGAACAUCUGGACCUGAGCCUCAACGACCUGAAGGAUUCAUCAGUGAAACAUCUGAGUGGUUUUGUGGAGAGUCCAGACUGCAUCCUGAAGACUCUGAAAUUGAGGGAAUGCUGGUUGUCAGAGAUCAGCUGUGAUUACCUGGUCUCAGCUCUGAAGUCCAACCCCUCCCAUCUGGAACAUCUGGACCUGAGCUACAACUUCCUGGAGGAAUCAUCAGUGAAACAUCUGUUAGAUCUUGUGGAGAGUCCAGACUGCAGCCUGAAGACUCUGAGAUGGAAGUGAUGCUGAUCAGGACGGUGUUUGUGGUGAGAGGAUGAAGUGUGUCCUGAUGAUCCAGAGGUUGAAGCAGCAGCUGGUGUGUAGAGACUCUGACUGGACCAUGUUACUGGGAGGUGGACUGGGAACCAGUGUGUGUGUAUUUUUUUCCAUAAAAGGUCAUUUUGUUCACAUUUUUGUUCAUUUUGGAGUCAGAGAGAGCAAACUUUACAUGUGAAUCCAUCCAUUUUCAUUCAUUUGGUUUUGUGCAUGUUAAAGCUCAGUAAAUGGUUAAUUUCUUUUUUUAUGACAAAGUUUUAUUUUUUUGUCUUUUUUUCAUGUUGAUAUCUGUGGCUUCCAUAAAAAUAAAGCAGAUUUUCAACAUUUUAA